CCCUGGCAGUGGUGAAUGAACAGUCACAAAAGGAACUUGAAUGUCACUGAUACCAUUUACAGAAAAAGUGUGACCACGGGUCACAGACAGAGCCACAGUCACACCGCUACCAUAAACCUUACCCGAAUAACAAUUUAAUGUGACAGCUAAUAAGAGUCAACAGCUUGAGAGCUUUCAAAAUUGUCCCACUACUGUUUUAUAGCUGAACAUAAAGAAACUGCAGCUUUAAAUUUUGGGAGUCAAAGACAGUUGUGUUGACCGAGGCAGCUGGACUUCAAGUACUAAUUUUGAAAAAAAAAGGAAGAGCUAGUGCUUUGAAAAUGAAGAAACCAGCAGAAGGAACAGGGGUAGCCAUUAGGAAGAGAUCUAAGUUGCCUGGAGUUAUGAUCACUCAAUACGUUGAGGAACUGCCACCUGGAAUGACUACUCCAGAUUUUACUAGAAAACCCAUACCCUUAACUAUCCAGGAAGGCAAGCAGGCCCUUUUCACAGCUAUUGUAAAUGGAGAUCCAGUACCGGAGGUCUCGUGGGGAUGUAACAAGGGAGAUAUCUCUGAUACAGAAAAAUAUAUAACAAGAUUUGAUCAAAGAAAUGGAGAAUAUAUACUGGAGUUACCGCAUGUGUCUUCAGAACAAGCAGACACUUAUAAAUGUCUUGCCAUAAAUCCAUUCGGAAGAGCUGUUUGUACCGCUGCGCUGAAUGUUAUUGAGGUUGGGUUCAAAAAGAGAAAGCCAGCUCCUAAAAAUGACCCUGAGGAUUUCAGAAAAAUGUUGAAGAAAAAAGUUGUUAUGAGAAAAGAAAAGCCAUGUAAGGAGGGAGAAAUUGAUCCAAGGUUCUGGGAGGUGUUACUGAGUGCACACAGGAAAGAUUACGAGCGCAUCUGUCAUGAAUAUGGAGUCACUGACUUUCGCUGGAUGCUGAGAAAACUUAACCAAAUGAAGAUGGAAAGAGAAGCGGAGCAGUCCAAGUAUGUUGAGAAAGUCGACAGCAUGAAACAGAUAGAGGUAAUAACUGAUGGAACAGCUAAAUUUGAACUCGACAUGAAGUUGAAGGAUCCCAGCAAUAAAAUCUUGCUUUACAAAGAUGGGAAACUGCUCGACUAUGGGGAUGGAUCUGAUGACUCCAAAAGACAUAAUAUGAAACAAUUUGGUGAAACAUACUUGUUCAGCAUUAGGGAUCUUGUCCCAGACGAUGCUGGAUUAUACCAAGUGGAUGUUGAGGAUGCAAACAUGUUCUCAACUUCCUUAAGCUUACCUGAUGUGCAUUUUGAAAGCGCUUUGAAGGACACUACAGUGGUUCAGGGUCAGGAUGCAGUGUUUGAGUGUUCCCUAUCGAAACCCCUUCCACAAAUCACCUGGUGCGCCAAUGACAUCACUGUUGAGCCGGGAGAAAAAUAUGAUAUCACAGUCUCCAAAAAUAAGCACGCUCACAAACUGGCAGUUAAAAACUGUAAAGCAGAGGAUAAGGGAGUCUACUCGGCUAUUGUGGGACUCAAGUCAAGCCAGGGGGCUUUAGUUGUUGAAGAAGAUAAUGCCCAUGGGAAAGCUGACGAAGUGGACGAACUUGCUAGACGUCUAGUUGAGGAGCAAGCCAGACUGCAAAGAGAAAAGGACGAGUUGGAAAGAAAAGCCCAGGAAGAAAGAGAUGAAGCAGCAAGGAAAGCCCAGGCAGAAAAAGAUGAGGCAACGAGGAAAGCCCAGGCUGAACGAGAUGAGCCGGCCAGGAGAAAAUCCCAGGCUGAGCGAGAUGAGGCAGCGAGGAAAGCCCAGGAAGAAAGAGAUGAAGCAGCAAGGAAAGCCCAGGCUGAACAAGAUGAGGCAGCCAGAAGGAAAGCCAAGGAAGAAAGAGAUGAGGCGGCUAGGAGGAAAGCCCAGGCAGAAAAAGAUGUGGCGGCCAGGAGGAAAGCCCAGGAUGAACAAGAUGAAGCAACGAGGAAAGCCCAGAAAGAAAGAGAUGAGGCAGCGAGGAAAGCUCAGGCUGAACGAGAUGAGGCGGCUAGGAGAAAAGCCCAGGAAGAAAGAGAUGAAGCAGCAAGAAAAGCCCAGGCAGAAAAAGAUGAGGUGGCCAGGAGGAAAGCACAGGCUGAACGAGAUGAGGCGGCUAGGAGGAAAGCCCAGGCUGAACAAGAUGAGGCAGCCAGGAGAAAAGCCCAGGCUGAACAAGAUGAGGCGGCCAGGAGGAAAGCCCAGGAAGAAGGAGAUGAGGUGGCCAGGAGGAAAGCACAGGCUGAACGAGAUGAGGCGGCCAGGAGGAAAGCCCAGGCUGAACAAGAUGAGGCGGCCAGGAGGAAAGCCCAGGAAGAAGGAGAUGAGGCGGCCAGGAGGAAAGCCCAGGCUGAACAAGAUGAGGCGGCCAGGAGGAAAGCCCAGGAAGAAGGAGAUGAGGCGGCCAGGAGGAAAGCACAGGCUGAACAAGAUGAGGCGGCCAGGAGGAAAGCCCAGGAAGAAGGAGAUGAGGCGGCCAGGAGGAAAGCACAGGCUGAACGAGAUGAGGCAACAAGGAAAGCCCAGAAAGAAAGAGAUGAAGCAGCGAGGAAAGCCCAGGGUAAACAAGAUGAGGCAGCCAGGAGAAAAGCCCAGGAAGAAAGAGAUGAGGCGGCCAGGAGGAAAGCCCAGGAAGAAAGAGAUGAGGCGGCCAGGAGGAAAGCCCAGGCUGAACAAGAUGAGGUGGCCAGGAGAAAAGCCCAGGAAGAAAGAGAUAAGGUGGCCAGGAAGAAAGCCCAGGAAGAAAGAGAUGAGGCGGCCAGGAGGAAAUCCCAGGCAGAAAAAGAUGAGGCAGCGAGGAAAUCCCAGGCAGAAAAAGAUGAGGCAGCGAGGAAAGCCCAGGCUGAACGAGAUGAGGCAGCCAGGAGGAAAGCCCAGGCUGAACGGGAUGAGGCGGCCAGGAGGAAAAGCCAGGAAGAAAAAGAUGAGGCAGCGAGGAAAGCCCAGGCUGAACGAGAUGAGGCAGCCAGGAGGAAAGCCCAGGCUGAAUGGGAUGAGGCGGCCAGGAGGAAAGGCCAGGCAGAAAAAGAUGAGGCAGCGAGGAAAUCCCAGGCAGAAAAAGAUGAGGCAGCGAGGAAAUCCCAGGCAGAAAAAGAUGAGGCAGCGAGGAAAGCCCAGGCUCAACGAGAUGAGGCAGCCAGGAGGAAAGCCCAGGCUGAACGGGAUGAGGCGGCCAGGAGGAAAGGCCAGGAAGAAAAAGAUGAGGCAGCGAGGAAAGCUCAGGCUGAACGAGAUGAGGCAGCCAGGAGGAAAGCCCAGGAAGAAAAAAAUGAGGCAGCGAGGAAAGCCCAGGCUGAACGAGAUGAGGCUGCCAAGAGGAAAGCCCAGGCAGAAAAAGAUGAGGCAGCGAGGAGGGCACAGGCUGAACGAGAUGAAGCAGCAAGGAGGGCACAGGCGGAGAGAGACGAGGCAGCGAGGAAGGCACAGGAGGAGGCAGAUGAGGCAGCGAGAAAGGCGCAGGCCGAGCAAGAUGUUGCCAAUAGGAUGGCAGCCAUGGCGGCAAGGAAUGGAGAAGUCAAUAUUGGAUCUACUCUGGGAGAAACAGGGAAGGAUGAAAAAGGAAUUGGAGAUAAAAAACGUAAGAAGCGAGUUGGUGAACUAGUUCCUGACACCAUUAUAGACCACAGAGUUCACUUCUUGAGCGGUUUGUCUAAUACUGCAGCCAAAGUCGGAGAACGAGCAGAAUUGUCCUGCAAGCUUAGCAGUGAAGAUAGCACUGGGAUGUGGUACAAAGAUGGCAAAGAGUUGGAGGCUAAGGACACAAUUACGGUGGUCAAAGAUGGGGCUCAACACAAACUCAUCAUCAACAACUGCCAUGAUAAAGAUUCAGGGAAAUACAAGUUUGAGGCAGAAGGAUGUAAAUCAGAGGCUACAUUAACCAUUGAAGAUCCUCCUAAAAUUGAUGCAGAUGCCCUGAGUAAAUUCUCAGAGCCUGUUAAUGUGAAAACUGGAGAGAGCGCUUCCUUCAAGCUGCCGUUCUCAGGGAAAGAUCCCAUUAGGAUUCAGUGGUUUCAAGAUGACGAGGAGCUGCAAGAGGGUCACGGUGUCAAAAUCGAGAAGUCUUCAACUCACAGCCGCCUCCGUCUCGCUAAAUGCCAGCGCAAAGAUACGAGCGAGAUUAAAGUCAAAAUUAAGAAUGAGUUUGCCACCGUGGAGGCAUCGUCAAAACUUAUUGUGCUUGAUAAACCAACUCCCCCUCAAGGGCCUGUGGAAACUGUUGAAAGCUCCCUGUCUGCCGUCGAGUUUAAAUGGAAGCCCCCAAAAGACGAUGGCGGCUGCAAAGUGAUUAAUUACAACCUGGAACGACAGCAGGUGGGACGAAACACCUGGACUAAAAUCGGAGACAUUCCCGAACAGCCUACCUACAGAGACACAGAUGUCGAACGCGGUCGAAAGUACUGCUACAAGAUACGGGCGAAAAACUCUGAAGGCCUCAGCGAUAACUUGACAAGUGAGGUUAUUGCUGCAGGCAGUUUGGCAUUUCCCGGUUCUCCUGCUCCUCCAAAAAUAGCCAGUGCCUUCAAAGACUGCAUUAACCUGGCAUGGCUCCCUCCAUCGAACACCGGAGGUGGCAGCAUUAUCGGCUACAAUGUGGAAAAACGCAAAAAGGGCAGCAAUAUAUGGAGUCAAGUGAACCCAAAAGAUGAGCCAAUCAGAGAGAAAAAAUACGCUGUAAAAGAUAUCAUAGAGGGAGCGGAGUAUGAAUUCAGGGUGAGUGCUAUUAACACAUGUGGCCCUGGGGAACCAAGUUGGCCCUCUGAAUGUGCAUUCGCAAGAGACCCCAAAAAGCCUCCUGGUCAAGUCAAAGAUCUCAAAAUAACUGGAUCCAGCUACACCAAUCUAUCCCUAUCAUGGACUAAACCAACAGAGGUGAAAGGUGUGGAAGAUGAAGCAAAAGGCUAUUUUUUGGAAAUCAGACCCACAGAUCAACUUGAUUGGAGUCGAUGCAAUACAAAUGCGGUGAUUCAGACUUCCUUUACUAUCGUGGGCCUGAAGUCAAUGGCCAGUUAUUGGGUAAGAGUAAUUGCGACCAAUGAAGGAGGGGAGGGGCUUCCACAAGGCUUGGACAAUUACAUCAUCGCCAUGCCGCCACCAGUUAAACCAAAGUUCACUGACAGUAAAAUGAAGAGCUUUAUGGUUGUUAAGGCCGGAAACACUGUGCGUGUCAGCAUCAGUUUUGAGGCCUCUCCUUUACCCGACAUCACAUGGCUAAAAGACGGUUUUCCCGUAGGCAAACAUGUGACGAUUACUAAUUUUGACAAAGGCUCUCAACUAUUUAUUUACACAUCCGAGCUGUGUGACACUGGCAUCUAUACGGUCACUAUCAAGAAUGUGGUGGGCCAGGACACUUUCAGUAUUGAAAUUAGAGUCACUGAUGAUCCCAAACCUCCAGGUCCAGUAGAACUGGAGCAGAAUGUCCAAGGCACCGUAACAAUUACAUGGGCUCCAUCUCCUGACGAGAAACGGGACGACCGUCUGCAUUACAUGGUCAUGCAGAGGGACUCGAUUAAGGGGACAUGGUGCACCAUCGCUGACCGUUUGUUCAACAACAAAUUCACUGUCAUCAACAUCUUGCCUGGAAGAGAAUACAACUUCAGAGUUUUUGCAAAGAACGACUUAAGCCUUUCAGAGCCAUCACUGUCUCCGGUUUGGGGAACCACAAAGAAAAAAGAAAAAUUCACUUGUGAGUUGCCCAAACCAAAGACCGUCGACUUCCAGGUGGCCCCUAAAUUUAUUGUCCCUUUGAAACUUCAUGCAGCUCCACCGGGUUAUGAGUGCUACAUGAGCUGUGCUGUUAUCGGCAACCCGACUCCACAUAUCACCUGGUACCAUGACAACGUCAACCUCAACAUGAACACCGACUACUACAUCACAAAUGUGUGCGGCGUUUGUUCAUUGCUCAUUCUGAGGGUUGGACCCAAAGAUAUGGGAGAGUACAAGGUUGUGGCUGAAAGCCCCCUAGGACAGGCUGAGUGCUCCACCAAACUUGUAGUUAGAGGUAUUGCUUCAUAUUUAGGUCCGGGUGGCUGUUUAUAAUUAUUACACUGUAUUUGUCAAGCGUAAGAAAACUUGUUUAUAAUCAAUAUGAUUUUAACUUUUAGACAUCUAACAUA